UACACAGCGAGGGAAAUGCGGAUUGACGUCCUUAAACACCUUAAUAGUCGCAGCAGCGACACCAUUUCCACCGCCAACGGAAAUGCGCCGGAUGGCUCGCUGCUGCCGUCGACCACCGCUGGGAAGGAAGCCCCGACCAUGGCGCCUGCAUCGUCGCCGGGACCGAAGACGAAUUUGCUGCGGUUAAUUCGGGACAAACUGCUAGGAGUCCCGGACAAUUCAACUUCGCACGUCGCCAUCGGUUCCGCAUCGAUCUCCAGUCGUAGUACAGUGAGCAGUCGGCAUGUGGAGACCGUAAUCAGCCGCGAUACAUCCUGUCCACCUAACGGGAUUUCCCAAGUGCACAAAUACAAUUAUGGGACAAAAUCCUCCACAUUGCCCAACCGUUCAUCUGCUCGCCGGCACACGGCUCACGUUACCGUCGACCAAAUACAGCAAGCUGCUGCAGCCGGGAUUAAUCAAAACGGUGCACUGCAGCACAAAUCCAUUCUGAAAUCACCUGUUAAGCUCAUACCUCCCGGUCGGAUUGAAGUGAUUAAGGAAGAAGUGGAAAUCGAAGUUGCCGCUAAUUCAUGCACGAGUCGCCGGACCAGUAUGCAUCGAUCGGUCGAGGGACCACAAAUCCCCGCCCCGGUGCCGCCUGCCAAGCUUUCGCUCACCCCCGCCCCGUAUGCUAGCAACGGCCACGCCCCGCUCUCCCAGCCCGCUCCCGUCUCCCAGCUGUCAAGUGGUCCACCACCGCGACCGGACUUGCCGGUCUAUACUGAGCCCGUCAUCGUGCCCACCACUGUUGUUGGCAAACCUCGCAUGGAUUACUUAGAGUCCCUGGGGUCACGUUUGCCGUUCAAUGAUGAUGAUCCGGGCGUAAUGUCCGAAGUGGAUACCACAACAACCACCGCUUUCCACCGCGGUGGCAGGGCCCGGGCUAGCUUGCCGGCAUUUAAGACGCCCUCCAAAACAUUGGAAAAACCGCUCGGUGUCGUCUUCUUGCAGUAUCGCGACGAGACCAAACGCACGGUCUUACCCAAUGAAGUCACCACACUUGAUACCGUCAAAGCCUUAUUCGUACGUGCUUUCCCCCGCUUGUUGACUAUGCAAUUUUUGGAUUGUUCCGAUAAGCGGAAGAUUUACAUAUUGGAUCAGCGCAAGGAUAUGUUCUAUGAGCUGGAGGAUUUACGUGAUAUCCGCGAUCGGUCAGUUUUGAAAAUAUUCGAAUCCGAUCAGAUCGCUCAAGCAUCCUCAUCUGCUGCGUCAUCAGUGUACGGCCCAUCCCACGGCCCACUUUCCCAUCUGAAUAGCGACGAGAUGCACUAUUACUCUGAGCCGGAAUUUGAGCCUCUUCCUGAAUCACUGCGUUACUCGGGCCUGCACUCAAAGAGUCCUCGUGUCUACCCGCCGAUGAAAGGCACCAUGUCCCACUCGUAUCCCUCAUCAUCCAACAAUCCCAUCCCACCGCCGCCCUAUUCAUCACCGCCCAAUGUGCCUCCGAAGCCGCAGCGGAGUAGUUUUGGUUAUGCGACAUCGCUGUACGAUGAGCCCAUCUAUGCUAAUACUAAUACCAUGGAGAAACGUCCUCCGAGUCGAUCGGGCACCGCGACGCCCAUUGUUGAUGAGGAGGCACGCUAUCGAGUGGACGCCAUGGAGCGUCAUUUGGCUAAUUUAACCGGCCUAGUACAACAGGCGCUAUCCGGGAGCACGGCGCCCGCGAUUCCGCCGCGCGGCAUCCGCCCGGACUAUUCCAAUAUUAUUAUUCCACCCAAAAGAAAUAGCGUGCAAAAAGAUCAAAAAUCGAUCACUCCUCCCGUUCACGCCACGCUUAACGGGAUAAGCAAACUGACAAAGCAUGCCAGCGAUUUACCUAACAAUCAGUCUCAGCCGGCAGAAAAUGGGAUUUUCCUGCGUUAUCCCGACCCGAUGCUGAUGGAGUAUUUGGAGGCCGUACAGCAUAAAGUACGGGACAUGCGCGCCGACACCCACGCCCUGCGGCGUCAACAGCAAUCGCAGGCACUAUCCAUGCGUGAAAUUAUCAAGGAGAAUUUCGAGCGAUUAAAAACUCAGUUCAACUUAGUAGCACUUCCGGCCAAUGCGGCGACAACGUCAGCCGCCGGCACACAGCAGCGCGCCCGUACCGCUAACGAAGCACUCAUCUUCCAGCAGGAUCGAGCCCGAUUACAUCGCGAUCUCACUAAUCUGGAGAACAGCAUUGACACUGUCAGAUCGGCGGCCGUCGAUCAGGCCGGAACACUGGCGCCGUCGAAGCCGGUUAGCCUGCGCGAUGUGGAGCGCUGCACCACCGAGCUCAACGAGCUGUCCAAUAAUAUUGCCGAUCUACGCUUGAAAUUCCCAGUACUGCAGGAGAAGAUCAAGACCGUUAUGACCGCCGAUAUGGAAAUGGUCAUUCGCGAUGAAAUGUUUGUCAAAGAGGAGCCGGAGAAACUGGAGGAAAUGGCUAAACGCUGCCAGAAAUUGACCGGAACUCUGCUGAGCCUGAACAAGUUGGCGUGUGUCCAGGAUAGCGCUACUUCUCCCAAGGAAGAGGAAGUCCUCGUUGAUCUGCCACCGGAAUCGACUCCCACAUCGAGCGAGCCAGCCGCCCCCGCCCCACCCACCCGGCGUGAAUCGCUGACCACCACCACCGACAAAUCCAAACCCGGCGUGGACCAAUCCAACGACGAUCUCCUGGCCACGCCCAACACCCGCCGUCACCGCCUGGACAAGAAAGCCCAGGAUAUGCUGGACGACCUGUUGUCCGAGCUGGAAGUCUUCACGGACGUGUCUUCCCGCGAGCCCACUCCGGACCGCGACGCCACCAUCAAGCGCUCCCCGAAAGCCACCGCCAAUCCCUCGACCGACACCGGCUUCCUGGACCUGAACGCCAGUCUCUCGCCACCCAGCAUCACCCCCUCCAACUCGUCGCAGAGCACCGCCACCACGCUCUCUUCCAUGACGGAGACCUCCUCCAACUUCUCCGGCUCCGACAGCGGCACGACCAUCUCCAAGCUGCAGGUGGGCGUCGGCGAUCGGAAGACCACCAUCUCGCCGGUGCCCUUCUCCAACCGGUCCGCCGCCAGUUCCGGCAUGUCGACGCCGGCCCGCAAGGGCUCCGAUGCCGACCGCAGUCUAUCGGCGUGGUUGAAUAACGUCAAUCUCCCGGCGCCGCCACCGCGUUCCAGCAGUAAAUCUCCGCUCAUCUCCCCGAUGACAAAAACCAGUGGAUUUUUCACGCUGCCCAGUAAUUACGGCCGCUCGACGUCGACCAUGUCGGAACCGGGAGAUUUUCAGAGUUAUGCCAGUCUAUCGUACAACGAGUACACCAACCUCGGACGGGAGUUGCGUGCCUCUAACAUUAAGGAUCAGCGUUUGACCCCGCAGCAGCAGGACAAGAUUGCCAGUUAUUACACGUCCAAACUGCGCAAGGGAUCCGAUCCGGGCAACACGCUCCGCUCUCCGAUCGAUGAUAUUGCUAGUGAUAUUCUGGCCUUUGAGGCCAGUAAGGGCAAUUAUGCCCGCUCGGAAUCCCGCGAACGCCGGGUGCCGCCGGCGUUACCGCCCAAACCCGGUCAGGAGGAUCCCGGUGUGGCGCCGCCGCUGCCGCCCCGUAAUCGGCAGGAAAUUCUGGAGGAGCGCCAUCAGGAGCUGCUGAAGAAGCAACGACAACUGCAGGAACAAUACGCACGAUUACAGCAGCUGCAACGUGAUCAAAAAUUGCGUCCAUCUUCCCCUGUAAACAAACCAUCCACCACCCCCCAGAGCGGAUCCCUUACUGACCUUAAACGUCAACAUAUGUCCAAGAUGAACGAACUGUACGCGGUGCCCACAUCAGUGGCCAGACCGUUUCGUCACCCAAUGACAAUGUCCAAUGGUUCUACCGGAGAGCCAGCGCAACAGAUUUGCGAAACAGAUAUUCUUUAAAAAGUGCCAAAUCAAAAUUUUCCUGUUUAAGGAACGACAUUACUAACAAUAUUUAAAAAGCUUAUUAUGCAUUUUACACUUUGCUGCACAGGUUUGCACGACAUUGUGAGAAAUCUAAACUGAACUACAAUUUUGUGAUUGAUCAUGUUCUUAAUGAACAAGCAGAAUUAAAAUCAUAACGAUUU